AAAAAAUCAUUAUGGUGUUCCUUUUAGGCACCACACUGCCUGUUUCACACUUCUUGUGUCUCUAUGCUCAUAUUUGCACGUCUCAUGGCUCAGUAUCUCUAUUGCUUUUAAGAAGUGGCUUUUAUGGAUUGAAAGAUUCUCCCUGAAGACACGCCUUUGGGUGUCAGUGGGGCAGGCCGCCUGGGCUUUCAUUCCACUUGCACACCGCGGCACUUCCCCCCUAAGCCGCCUUCUGCUGUAAUCACAGGCAGUGGUGCUAAGGGCCUGGGGCUGCUCCUCAUUCCCUGAGGGCUGCAGGAGUCCAGCAAUUGGGUCAGGAGCACCUGUAGCCUGCAGUCUGGGUAGGGCACGCAGUUCCAGUAGCUGCCUGAGGGGCUGGGUCAAGGGAGCAGCACUGGCAGGCAGGCGAGGUGGAGCACACGUCUCCACAGCCAGCCAAGGACCUGGGAGUGCAGGAGCCCUGCCUGUGUGUUCCAGGAACCCCAGAGAUGAAGGGCCUCCUCACGCUGGCGUGGUUCCUGGCUUGUGGUGUGCCUGCCGUGCCAGGGAGCUUGUUAGACCUGAAGUCCAUGAUCGAGAAGGUGACUGGAAAGAACGCCCUGACCAACUACGGCUUCUACGGCUGCUACUGUGGCUGGGGCGGCCGAGGCACCCCCAUGGAUGGCACUGAUUGGUGCUGCUGGGUGCAUGACAAGUGCUACGGGCGGCUGGAGGAGAGAGCCUGCAACAUCCGGACGCAGUCCUACAAGUACCGCUUUGCCCGGGGCCUGGUCACCUGCGAGCUGGGGUCAUUGUGCCAGAUGCUACUGUGCACCUGCGACCGCAAGUUCGUCUACUGCCUGAAGAGAAACCUCUGGAGCUACAACCCUCACUACCGCUACUACCCCAAUUUCUUUUGCACCUAGCUGAUCUCCACCAGCCCCGGCCAGGCCGCCACCUCCACCCUGCCCACCGCCUGGCUGCCCCCGGGGUUCUCACGGCCGGCUCCCGUGGCUGUGCCCUCAAGCUUUCUUCGUGGAUAUCCUGGGCUUGGAGGAGCCCCAGGGCCACGCUCCACCCAGCAUCCCCACCCCAGGGCCCCUCAGGAGUGACUCUGGUCCCUGGACUUGAACUUGGAACCUCUGGGUCUGGGUGCACUCCACUCCCACCGGCAGCCAUCUCCCACCUACCUGCAGGGUCUGUCCUGGGACGGACCACAGGCUUGGACGGACCACAGGCUUGGCCUGCACCCACCUCGACCCCUUCCCCAGAGGAGUUUUCCAGAAGAAGAAGCAACUGUGGCUGCAGACACCUGCCAGACAGAGGCUGGAUGAAGUUCACUGCCGUGGCUGGCGGAAUCCACACAGGCACUGUCCUGUGCUGCCAGCAUCCCCUGUGCUGCCGGGGCAGGAGCCCAACAUGGCCUGCAGCGACCGAGUCGGAGGUGGUGGCAGAUACCCCCAGGUCCUCCACGUGGCUUCCUCUUGGGCUCACCGCCCUGCCACCAGGGUCCUCUGCAGCCCUGGCCACGUCCUCCAUGCGUGGGUGACCCUGGUGGCCGCAGCUCUCACACAGAGAGGGUGGCACUUGAACCCCAGCUCUGACUUCCCCUGCUGUGUGAGCAGCCUUGGGGCCGUUCCCAAACCUCUCGGGUGAAGUUCGGUUGCUUGACAGCAGAAUUUAUCAUGUUCCUGGUAACACGAGAUCAAACUCCUGAACCCCACCUCAGGCCCACCCGGGGGGUGCAGAGCUUCUGGCAUGGCAUUGAGCAGGAAUUUAAAAAAAAAAUAGGGUUCUGCGACAGGGUUUAUCUUUACCAAGUAAGGACAUUAACAGACGCAGCUCAUCUACCAUUUGUAAAGGGGCAUCCGAUACCAAGGCUGCAGGAAGAAGAAGGAGUCCCAAAUGGUGGAGAGUCCCCCCCGCCAGCAGAGGCCCCCCACCUCCUGCACCCCGCAGACCCCAGACUUUCCCCGUGACACAUGGGCCCUGUAGGGCCGGCAUUGUGGUGUAGCAGGUAAAGCCACCACCUGCUACACUGACAUCCCACAUGGGCACUGGUUCGUGUCCUGGCUGCCCCACUUCUGAUCCAGCUCCCUGCUAAAGAUCUGAGAAAAGCAAUGGAAGAUGGACCAAGUGCUUGGGCCCCUGCCACCCACAGGGGAGACCUGGAUGAAACUCCUGGCUCCUGGCUUCAGCCUUGCUCAGCGCUGGCCGUUGCAGCCUUCUAGGGAGUGAACCAGUGGAUGAAAGACCUCUCUCUCUCUCUCUCUCUGGCUCUAACUUUCCAAUAAAUAAAUCUUUCA